GAUUAACAACGCAAUAUUACAUCACAAGACACCUACGCAGCCACGCUUGCCAGCCGAUCCUUUCGAACGAUGAUGGCUAUGGCAGCUCACUAUAACAUAGAGCUCAAACAAUACGACGUUACCAACGCGUUUGUUCAUGCUACAAUGGACAGAGAGGUCUACAUGAGAAUGCCACGAGGCUAUCAGAAGCCCGGCACGAUACUGCAAGUAAACAAGGCACUUUACGGGCUGCGCAUCUCUCCCCUCCUCUAGCAGAAGAACUUCACUGCAACACUAAAAGCACUAGGUUUCCAGACUGUGCCUCACGAACCCUGCUGUCUAACUAAGGGUGGCAUUAUCAUCUUCUUUUAUGUUAACAAUAUCAUCCUCACGUACAAUAAAUCAAAAGAGCAAGAGGCAAUGCAGACAAUCAGCCACGUACAGAGCAAGUACACCUGCACAGGAGGGCACGACCUACAGUGGUUCCUCGGCAUGGAGAUCAUACAAGACCAAGCAAGCAAGAAAAUCUACCUAUCUCAGGCAGCGUACUCAGACAAAAUCAGUCGCCUUGCCGAGAACACAACUAUACGACAUGACACUCCAAUGGCAACAACUGAACUACAGCCAAGGAGUGGACUAGCAGCGCCAGCAGAAAUCAACAAGUAUCAACGCAAAAUUGGAUCACUGCUGUUCGCUGCGGUCACCACGCGACCUGACAUUGCGUUCGCCACAUCAAGGCUUGCCAGGUUCCUCACCAAUCCAGGCAUCAGCCACCAAGAUGCUGCGGACCGGGUCCUUCUAUAUCUACUCAACACUAAACAGCGAUCACUGCAGCUUGGAGGAGGCAUCGGCCUCCAGGUAGCAAGUGACGCGUCCUUCGCUGACAACACUAUGGACAGAAAGAGCUCCCAAGGCUACGCAAUCAAACUCUUUGGCGGCCUCAUCGCAUGGAAAGCGAACAAGCAGGACACAGUAACAACAUCAACAACUGAGGCUGAGCUUCUUGCUCUCACCCAGGUUGCAAAAGAAGCACUUUUUAUCUCAAGGCUCUUGCGCGAACUACACGAGGUGGCCGCUGGAAAGAUCAUCAUGGAACACGUCCAGUCUGCGAGCAUGAUAGCAGACGGACUUACAAAGGUACUCCCAGUGAACAAGUGGGAAGGUUUCCUCCAGCAACUCAGUCUGGUGAACAGGGAGUCAACAGAAGUGCCAAACAGCGUGCCUCUAGACAGGAUUCAAGAACAAAUUGAGGACCUC